UAAUAUCUCACUAUCAAUAAGACGACAAAAGAUUGAAGAACUUUCAGAGGCGAACGUGAAUUUGCAGAUUUUGUGACGCAUUUGUGGGUUACCAAGUCAAGUCGAAGCUCAAUAUUACCGGAUACUUUUAUUAUUCAUCACUUCUCAGGGAAGCCAUGACAGCCGUAAAUAGCGUGAUCCUGUUGCUCUUUACCGCCCAUUGGUAUAACUUUGGUUCUUGCGAAAGCUUAGGAAUAGCGGAAUGCUGCAAGAGCUGUGUUGCAAAGAUUUCAGACAAGCAACUUUGCAGUGCAACGUGUACCCAGUUGAUUCCGGUAAAUUCUUCCCAGGCAAGCAACAUCACAACAGUACCACCAGUUCCAGAUGCUCCCAUUUUGCUUUCGUCCGGUUAUUUCACUUUCACACUGGACUGGAGAAGUAACAGUCACACCAAGUAUAAUGCCACACCUGUGGUAUACGUCCUGGAGGUCACACGUCAUACAAACAUCACUGACCCAUUUAUUAUUUUACCACACAUACAGAAAUAUCAUACGACGACGAACACCACUUUUACCAUCCCAGAAGAAUUUGUUACAAAAAUAGCUAACUUCUCGUUCCGUUUAGCGGCAGUUUCAUUCUGGGGAACAUCAGAUUUCUCGACUUCAAGUCCUCUGUACCAAACAAACAGCUCCUGUCCAAAACUGAAGAGAUCUUCCCAUGGAAAUACCACUCAGUUUUAUCCAUGCAGGAUGUUCAAUGUUCGCCUUAACUUUACGGUGGUACCGAUCCCAUUUGAAAGACCAAAAGUGUUCACCUCUUUGUACUGGGAGUUCCCACGUGCCCUUCACGACCUUCUCGACAAGAGAUUUAAAGAAUUACAAGUUGAAGUCGUAAAAUCAUCAUCUUCUCGCGAGCAUUGCUCUAAAGAUAGUUUUCUACAAUUCGAUUUCCACGAACCGAUGCCUCAAGAUCCGGUAAUUGUUACAAAUGACGUUUUCGUGUUACAGAACGAACAGUUUUAUUUUGGAUGUAGUUAUGUUUUUAAGAUAACGACUUUCUCUCAAGAUGGGUAUUUAACGUCGGCAACUUUCGACAUUCCAGACUGUAUUCAUGGAUUUUGUUUUUGUGAAAAUCCCCCCUCCAAAUUUAAAGAAUCAGAUUACAUUCGUGUCGACCAACUCGAGGACAAACUAUACACAAACAGAACAACUGCUCAUGUGACUUGGAGCACUGAAAUCUGGGAAAAGAAACCUGCGUAUUUUAAGGUUUUUUUGUUAGAAUGUCUCCCACACUGCUCUCCAAUAACAGGACAUCAUAGAGACAUUGUCAAUGCAAGCUUAAACGGAACGAAUAACACGUACAAUUUCUCGUACUUCAACUUGACCAACGGCGUAGAAUAUCGUGCUCUUGUUUAUGCAUUUGACAGUAGUGGCUGCCGGUUCGAAACAGUAGCAGGGAAAAAAUUCCGUGCUGUUAUACCGACAAUGGCUCCAACGACGGAGGCGACCACAAAGCCCACGACAAGCGCCACCCCCACGACAAGUGAGAGUACAGAAGAAGUCUCCACAACUGCAGCACAAAGAACGUCUCCAGGAACAGUAGCUGCCAUCACGGUGCCUAUCAUCCUGUUAGCGGUGGUGGUAUUAUUACUUGCGAUGUUUUGCUUCUACCGUAAAAAUAAGAAACCCUUCAAGGAGCAUAUGGGACUACGACGCCUCGCGAGUCCCUCCGACGACAGAGUCAGUCCACGAAGGAAAGUUGGCGAUGUUCCGUCAAGUCCGUAUGAUAACGGCAGUUUCGACCUUGUUGUCAACUUACCAUCUAAGUCCGAAGGAGGACUGGAAUUGAACCCAGCCUACGUGGAGCAGCGUAUUCAAGAAGCGGUGGAGACUGGUGAGGCGGACGAGUUUGAGUUUGGUUUUCAUCGGUUGGAGCUUAAACGUGUCCUUGGUAAAGGAGCCUUUGGAAAAGUUUUCCUAGCGGAAGCGUAUGGCAUUGGAGGAAGUGAAAACACAAGUGUGGUCGCCGUCAAAGUACUUAACGACAAAGCUAAUGAAGAUGAAGUGGAGGAUUUUAAGAUGGAAAUCAAUUUUAUGAAGACGAUUGGUCAUCAUGAAAACGUAGUAACCAUGUUAGGAUGCUGCACUCUUUACCCUCCUUUGUGUCUCGUGGUUGAAUGUGUUCCACAUGGGGAUCUGCUACAUUAUUUGAGAGACCUCAGAAAAACGUUCGAGCAACAGUAUCGAAAGCUACAAGGAGAUAAUGGAAAAGGUCUCAAAAACGAAGAGAAACUAAGCACGUCACAAACUUCCCCGAACAGUUCAGAGUCCGCCGCAGGCAGCUACUCCCAUCGUCCCCUGAUACCUUCAGCUAGUGACACGGCCAUUUCGGCUUUAGAGUUGGCAGCGUCCCAACUCGAGUUCAAUCAAACAUCACAGCCACAAGACAACCAACCAUGUUCAUCCAAGUCAAAUAUUCAUCGUCCGCCUCUUAGACACUGCAAAUCAGAGGGUAAACAACUCACAAUCGCCAACUGGAUCAAAAAGUCUCUUGACUCAAGCGAGAAGCCCGAGUUCAACAGAUCAACAAGCUUGAAGAGCUUAAGAGCUCUGUCUGUUCUGAACACUGUCAGGAGGGCCUCAGAAAUCCCUUCGGCACAUUACGUAGCUAGAGGCCCUACAGAUGCAUCAAACAACACAGAAACAACAACAGUGGCAAUAGACUCUAAAGAAGCUUCUAGAGCUAAAGCUGCUUCUGCCAUGAGUCUCGAUGGUGCUUUGGACUCUGGUGAUCUCCAGUCCUUCGCUUAUCAGAUUGCCAAUGGAAUGGCGUAUCUAUCUGGAAGAGGAAUAGUGCACCGAGAUUUGGCAGCGAGAAAUAUUCUGGUUGGUGACGACAAAGUGCUAAAAAUCUCUGACUUUGGUCUGUCAAGGGAAGGGAUUUAUGUGAAGAGGAGCACUGGUAAAAUUCCUCUAAGGUGGCUGUCGAUAGAAGCCAUGCGUGACCGCAUUUACUCCACUGAAAGCGAUAUAUGGGCAUUCGGGAUUGUACUGUGGGAAAUUUGCACCCUGGGUGGUUUUCCAUACCCAACGAUAAACGACAGAGACCUUUUAGGGUUCCUCUUGGAGGGGGAGAGGAUGGAGAAACCGACAAAUUGCACAGAUGAAAUCUACCAGAUCAUGCUCGGCUGUUGGUCACAUGAAUGUGGAGACCGGCCUUCUUUUCAGAGCUUGAAAGAGCAGUUAUUUGACAUGCAAAAAGAAGAAAAACCCUAUGUAAAUGUAGAUCCGUCCCACGAUUUUUCUCUGCCUCCGACAGCAGGUCUAGACACUGUUGGAAACCUAAUAGCUUUCAGCGACGGGACUUUUAGUGGAGACGCUGCUGACCAAUUGCUGUCUCAGACGGAUUUUUCUCCAGAUCAGUCGCAUGCCCCUCGCCACGUAUCGCCUACCAGCGAUGAAGAGAAUGCUGGCUAUGAAAGUUCAAAUGGAUCAGAGGACUUCACAGUUUCGUUUGGAGACAAAGCUGACAGUGGCCACAUUCAUCUCCCUGCUCUGUCAGGACAGCCAUCGGUCGAUGCAGAAGACAGAAAUCCUGAAUUGCUGGUUUAAUGUUAUCAUUUUUUAUCAUUGUGUCCAUUCAUUACUAUUAGGUUGUCGUUUUUAAUCAUGCCUGCUGAUUGUAUAAUUCUGUACAUUAUCUACGGUAAGUUUUCCUAUUUAUGUCAAUGGUUCCCCAUGGCUCUGAAAUUUGGAUCCUGGCCUUUCCAUGGGAAACAAAUACUUAAGCUUCAAGCUAGAUUUUAAGCAAGCAAAUUUUUUCUUUAAAAAAUUUACUUGUCUUAUAUUGUUAGUUAAGACUGAACUUUGAAGAAACAGGGAUUUCCAUAACGAAGCUCGAGACACCGGCCAUCAGGCCUUAGUGCGUUAAUGUAAGAUUGAAUCGAGUUUUGCACGGAAAUUUUUGGUGGACUUGAAUUAUACGCUGUAAACAACUGAUGACCUAAAAUAAGCUAGAUGUAUUUGCAUUUAUUCUGACUCCAUCUGAAGGUAUAGUAAAACACAGAUGAAGAUAUGUCGUCGUUGUUGUUGUUUUAUUUCUUUGGUUUCUUACAAAGAAUUUAAUGUUUGGUGUUUCCAUGUUAGUCGGGCGGCUCGAACCGGCUGUACUGUAAAAAUUUUUUUUUAGAAAUAACUCAGAACCUUAACCCGACAAUGCAGCUUUGAAAUGACUUCAGAGCGGGAGGGAUGGUCAAAAAAGACCAAAGUUACAAGAUGAAAUAUUUUUAUUCUGUAUUUUAACAAGUUGAGUUUAUUCACAUAUUCUGUUAGUCCACGCACGUUCAUUAUUAAAAUGCAAAUUCAAAUAGUUAUUACGAAACCCGAGAAACCUCUAGUGUAAAAGCAAACGCGGUAAACGGUUUAAUCUUGACCAAGUUUAUUAUGAAUUGUUGCAGAUAGCGGUGUUUAUAGAAAAUACUCCUCCAGCUGUAGAAAUUUGAUUUUUCGUCAAUGUCAUAACAGAUAGUUCAAGAAAAAGGCCCUUAUUUGGUAAAGCGUAAACAGGAACAUAUUUAAGCUGCUCAGAUCUGCUUGUUAGUGUCGUAUCCCAUCCAGUGGAUGUAUCAUGUGAAUUUGAGAAAGGAAUUGCAAACAUAUUUACAUUAACUUAAGGGAUAACCACAUGAAGGAUUUGAAAUACAUGUCGGAGAUCAUAUUCGGCCAAGAGCUUAUGAAAAGGUUAUCAAGAUCGUAAGCAUAAAAAAACCAUCCUAUUUUAUCUAUUUUUAAAAUUGCCAAAUCAGAGCAGUUCAUUGUAGAUCUGGUGAGAGUAGUACGUAAAUUUAUUGACUGACUGAUGGGUGGUAUCGAUCUUCUGUGGACCUGUAUCUGAUUUUGAAAAUGAAUGUAGCUUUUCAAUGUGAAAUUUGCUCUUAAUGUUCACGCUGACACAAAUUUUUAGGACCACGAUUACUUUAUUUUAUUUCUACAAGAUUUGUAGACUGCUUGGCUGCUACAAAAGAAAGUCGCGGGCUCAGGCGUUCCUUCCUCUCAUGUCUUUCACCUUCAUAUUCUGGUUUUUCCUUUUGCUUUCACAAUAUCUGAUGCUACGGUAUAAUCUAACCGACAGAAAAACACUGCAAUCCCACACACUCAGCUACUUUAUUAAACAGCGAAUAAUGUUCUUAGCAAGGAGCGACUUCUAAAAGCAAUACAAUACUUAUAGUUAAGAAACUUAAUUAACCCCACCGCAGUCUAUAUCCUAGCUCACUACUGACACAAUCUCACUUCUCUCUCCGAAGUUCUUUGAAAUGAGCAAUAUUCUGCAGUAGCUCUCUCUCGAUAAGGCUUUCUAAACAGUCAUCGCUCUGACAACAACAACUACUUACUACUACAUAGGUGAGU